AUGGUGGUAAACGUAUCUCCUAGGAGUAGCAUGAGCUCUAGAAGCAGACGUGGCUCAACUAUCAAUAACUUACUCAACUCGAUGGGCAUUAGACAGGGUUCCAAUCCCGGUGUACAUGGCGGGACCGUGCCUUUGGACACCAUUCCAGCUGGGACGCCAAUAGGACCUGCUACCAACGGGGUCGCUCGAGAGCAGUUUCAAAUUGGCAAUCCAGCUCAAGUCAACAAUAGUCAUAAUGGUACUUCCAACAGCUUGGAAGCGGUAAAUUCAAACCCAGGGCAGGUCUUCAGCUCGGAGGAUGAAGACGAUCGGGUUGUUGGUGAAGGUGAAAAUAUACGUCUCAACGGUUUAAAUGGGCUGCACGAUAAUGAUGACGAUGACGAUAUUGAUGAUGAUAAUAAUAACAACGACAACGAAAACGGCGUAGCAGCUUCUGCAAACAUGCUGGGGACCACCCCGUUUGAUCAAGGUCUUCAGAAUAGUUUGGUACCAGACCUACGACAGGAUCUCCCCAUAACACUCACCCUGGGUCAAAACGAUAUCCCCCCAGGUCCCGGCCAUCAACCCAGUACUCUUACACCGGGAGAAGCGCAACUGGUCCCCAAAGCCGUGCGUCACUUUGUCUAUGGAAGUAGCCCUCCCGAAAGCGCAGUUGAACUGCUGGGUUUGGAUAGACCCCAGAAUGCAGCUCCAAUUGAACCUUUAAGCCCAGAUUCGGUACAGUCACGCAAAGACAAGAAUGGACUAUUCAGUCUAAGGUUAACACCGUUUUUGGACCAAUCUGCUACCAGCAACCCCGGCUUAUAUUUUGAUCCAAUUGUGAGGACGGCUGGUCCUUGCUCUCAAUUGGUCAUUGGAAGAUACACAGAACGCGUCAGGGAGUCUAUCACACGAAUUCCGGAACAUUUUCACCCUGUAGUGUUCAAAAGCAAGGUCGUUUCAAGAACACAUGGCUGCUUCAAAGUAGAUCAACAGGGAAAUUGGUACAUUCGAGACGUCAAGUCGUCGUCUGGUACGUUCUUGAACCACCACAGGCUGGCACCUGCGUCGACAAUGUCUAAAGAUACACUACUACAAGAUGGAGACCUUUUGCAAUUAGGAUUGGAUUUCAGAGGAGGAACAGAAGAAAUAUAUCGGAGCGUCAAGAUGAGAAUUGAAUUAAACAAAUCCUGGAAAAGGCGGGCAAUGAGGUUUAACCGCGAGGCUUUGCAGAGAUUAAAAAAUUUACAGAAAAUGACAUCUGGCCUAGAGGAAGAAGAUUGCUCGAUCUGUUUGUCCAAGAUCAAACCAUGUCAAGCAAUUUUUAUUUCGCCAUGUUCUCACAGUUGGCAUUAUCAGUGUGUGAGACGGCUCGUUGUCUCGACAUACCCCCAAUUUGUGUGCCCAAAUUGUAGGUCCAGUUGCGAUUUAGAAGCGUCUUUAGACAGUGAUCUUGACAGCGAUGAGAAUGAUUUUGAUGUUAUUUCCGACGACGUCAAAGAUAUGGAUAUGCAGCAAGAUAGCGAUUAG